GUUCACUCUCAACAAGUCAUGCCUGCCAAGCCAAAGAAUAUGCCUUUGAGAUGGCUUGCUCAAAUAUACGUUAUGGUGAGGGUGUGACCAAAGAAAUUGGAAUGGACUGUAAGAACUUUGGAGGCAAGCAUGUCUGUGUGAUGACAGAUCCCAAGCUGGCCAAACUCCAACCAGUGAAGACUACGCUGGAGUCGCUAGAGAGGCACCAGAUUAAUUACAAGCUCUAUGACAGAGUCCGGGUGGAGCCAUCCAAUCUAAGUUUAAAAGAGGCAAUAGACUUCUGUAAAGCCAACAAGUUUGAUGUGUUCGUGGCUGUUGGAGGUGGAUCGGUGAUGGACACCUGCAAGGCAGCAAAUCUCUACAGCAGUAACCCAGCGGCUGAGCUCCUGGACUAUGUUAAUGCACCAAUUGGCAAAGGACUUCCAGUGCGUCAUACUCUGAAACCACUUAUUGCAGUUGCUACAACAGCUGGAACUGGGAGUGAGACAACCGGAACUGCUGUUUUUGAUUACAAAGAAAUGAAAGCAAAAACAGGUAUCUCAAACAGGAACCUUCGACCCACUUUGGGCAUUCUAGAUCCUCUUCAUUUGGAGACCAUGCCAGAAAGGGUUGCAGCUUACUCAGGAAUCGAUGUUUUAUGCCAUGCUAUUGAGUCAUACACCGUGAUGCCUUACACUGAACGCCAGGGACAGGAAGACCCCAGCUUAAGGCCUGCCUAUCAGGGGAAUAAUCCAAUCAGUGACAUCUGGUCAUUGCAUGCGCUUAGAACUACUGCUAAAUACAUUAAAAGGGCCGUCUAUAACGCUGACGACAAGGAGGCUCGGUCACAGAUGUUGCUGGCCAGUUGUUUCGCUGGAAUUGGUUUUGGCAAUGCUGGCACACAUUUAUGCCAUGGCAUGUCCUACCCAAUCUCUGGUCUUGUCAAAAACUUCAAAUCCAAGGACUACUCUGAUGACCAUCCACUAGUG